CAUGACUUUAGUUUAUUUUAAAAAUUCCCUUCAAUUUCGGCUCAAAGUUUGGGAUCAUGCUCCUGUGCUCAAAUUGUCAGAAACAAAUUCCGGUCGAUGUUGAAUCGCUCAAUCCAGAAAAUGAAAUCAGCGAACGUGACGUUUCAUUCUUUCUGUUGAGGCUAACGCAGGAAAUCGUUCUGUCCAGAAACUACUCCGAGGACAACAUAAACCGCCUGUGUCAGAAGCAUUAUGAAAAUUGCGUGUACCCGGACAAAACACGAUUACUGGAUCUCAUUGAUAAUCUGAAAGACAAGUUGUUGGUACAGAAAACCGAACUCUUGAACAUCUCUGAAGAAGAUCGAUGCGUCUGUCCCGUACCUAAGCCUAAUAAAAAAGGUAAAAUGAAUGGAGUAAAACGCUCUUCAACUGACAGUUCGUUGCGUAAGAAAUCCUUGCCACUAAGUACAUCGGGAAAAGGAGCUACCGUUCGAAGGCCGAUAGUGAAUCGGCUGCCCGAUAUGAAGGUGAAUGUCGGUGUCCAACCGAAAAAUUCUAAACCGCUCCCCAAGCUCACGAGUAAAAAGAACUCCGCUGACUCUUCGUACGAUACAAUCAGCACUAUCACCACGUACGAUUUUUCCUCAUCUUCGGGUCCAAGAUCAUCGAUUAAGCAGAUAAUGGCCGCAGAAAAUGGCAUGGAAUUGACAGAAGGGUGCUGCGGGUGCGGAGGAAAGGACGAUGAUCAAUCUACCGACAUGAUGCUGCGAAUGGCUGCCUCGGGUCGGGUUUUCGAUCCGAAAAAGGUGGAACCGAAAUGUCCCCUUGAGCGGUGUGAGCAUUUUCCGAAUGUGUCCGCGGCAGGAGGAUGCGGAGCAGGCUGUCCGAGUGAUCAUCCCUUGCCGAGCUUCGGCAAGCCGGAUGGCGAGGAUUCAGUGACAGGUGGCGGAUGCUGUGGCGGUAAGCGGAAGAAAAAGAAGAAGGAUGAGAAAGCCAAGAAUUCUAAGAACUCUAGUAAAAAAGGGAAAUGAGAAAACCCUGAAUGGAGCGGUACAUCAUCGAUACACUAGUGAAAGACAUAAGGAUAACUUUCUGUUAUGAAAUUUGACCAAGGUUACAUGGGAAAUUUAAAGGAAAAAUUUCAUACUAAGAUAUGUUUCUGGAGUAAAAAAAAGAAAAGUGAGAGAAACUCCCAGGUAUCAAAUUGAAC